AUUGCCUAUCUCCCCCCGAGUGCUGCUGGGAAAACAUGGCAGCUUUCAUAACAGUCUCAUAUACGUAGCUUCGCUGUAGGUUUUUAUUGAUAGAUCAGCACCAUUUAACAUUUAAAUAAGGGCGAAUGUAAAGUAAACACAAUGCCCCAGUACUACGAGGAUAAAGAGGAGGAUGCUCGUGCUUGUGCCGGAAUCAGAGAAGAUUUUAAGGCCUGUCUCCUUCAGCAUGACUGCGUUGUAAAGGAAGGUAAAAAGCCCAGUGAGUGUCUGAAGGAGGGACACUGCAAAGGCCUGCAGGUUUCUUUUUUUGAAUGUAAACGCUCAAUGCUGGACACAAGAUCUCGGUUCAGAGGCAGAAAAGGCUACUAACUGGACCUUCAUUUAUUUGACAUUGGUUAAGUCUUUUGGGCUAUUGGGAUUUCCAAUUCCAAUUUGAGUCUUUGAGCAACAGAUUUUUUCCUUUCUCAGUUCUUAGUCGCUUUGUAUAAAAUCGUCAGCCAAACAAGAUUAAUGUACAUGUGUUGAUUUUCCUUGUAGUUACUCAAAGACUGAGAUGUUAUCACAUAACUCUGUUGUGACUCACAAAAGCUUGAGGGCUGUUUGAAAUAAAAAAAAUUUAUUUGUUUGACAGAAUGCUGUGAAAAAUGAUUGGUCUUCUAAAGAGUGGCUUACAAAACCAUUUGUAACACUAGCACCAAUUCUAUUAAAGAUACAAAUGAUUUUUGAUAACAUGAUUAAAAAAAAAAAGACUCAAAGACUGCUGCCCAUCUGUAAUUUAUACUAAAGAACAUUUAUUAAGUUUUCUUCCCAAUUAAAAUAAAAAAUAGCUUUAAACACACAAGCUAGCAUAAGAUCUGAUUCAGUGGUUCAGCUACACUACAGUUAUGGUCCUGAUAAAAUGGUCAUUUCAAAGCAUUCAUCAACAGCUCUUUAAACUUUUCUAAGUCCACCUUCUUCAUAAUGUAAGCUUUAUGAGUCGUGUUCAGAAC